AAUGUGACAUGCUAUUAUGUAAAAACGUUUUUUUGUCGAUUUUAUUGAAGCCGAAUAAAAAAAGGAGUGCCAAUGAUUAAAAGUAACGUUGAGUCAUGCGUUAUGAGUCAUGUAUUGUGUCUGAUAAGCACGGGUUAGAGUAAAUCCUCCUCCUUUUAAACGGAGCACGUCACAGAGAUGAGCUAGACUGUAGUUGACUCUCAUCUUUCCCCCAGGAGGCUCUGCUUCCCAGCCCCUUUGUUCAGUGUAGCCGGUGGGUUGAGUCACAAGGAGGCUGUGCUAACCCAACAAACCCAUACCACUGUGGGAACACCGACAAGAGAGAGAAGAGGCCGAAAGAAUAGCGUAGGUAACCCGGGAGUGCAGACUGAGACGCGUUUUUAAUACGAGCCAGACAACAGAAAAGUUGUUUUUGAGUGUUGCUGAUGCUGCGUGUCGUUUCGGGACCUGCGAUAAAAAAAACCCCCAGCGAUACAUGUCGAUGGUCUUCGCUGUUUGGGAGCUGCUUUUAGCUUUCUUCCUGCAGGAACACAUGAACCGGCAGGCUAACUGCUAACCCAUCCCCGGUGUAUUGCUGACAACCGUGCAGUUGUUGCCAUCAUCCUCGGAUCCACGCUGACUCUCCCUUUCAGUUUCUGCUCAGCAUCCAUAUUUGCAUCCCAGGGAGUGGCAGCCACUAAUCCCCCUCUCCUGGCAAGGAAAUUGAAAGUUGGCCGGUGGUCGGACACCCCUCGGACGCUCUAAUUCCCACAUAGAAAGCUAAACAUGGAGAGCGACAGCCACCACAUCUAGUGCCUGAUCCACACGCCUUCAUCGCCCAGGGAGGAGCUCUCAGGUCUCCCUGCUUCUGCAGAAUGAACAUGCUCAAGUCCAGCGGACUGAAAAUCCCUGGCCGGGGGCCCAAGCAUUCCAGCCCAGUGGGAAGGACCUCCAGCCCCGUUCCCCCUAAAGACAACGCUCCACUCAAGCCCACCACACCAACUAAGAUCUCUGAAGAGGGGGACGAGGUUUUGGGGGAUUACACGGUGGGGGAGACGGUCUGGGUCAAUGGUGUCAAGUUAGGAGUUAUCGCCUACCUCGGGGAGACCCAGUUUGCCCCGGGACAGUGGGCAGGCGUGAUACUGAAUGACCUAGUUGGCAAAAACGAUGGGUCAGUGGGCGGCGUGCGCUACUUCGAGUGCCAGGCCCUCCAGGGCAUCUUCACGCGACCCUCGAAGCUCACCCGACAGCAGGUCGGAGAGGGAAGCGACAGCCACUCCACUGACUCGCAGAAUCAGACACAGCAGGGCGGCAAUGGCGUCCCCCCUGGCCAGCGGGUGGUAGUGCCACUGAGAGAGGGCCUGCUCAACAGCGCGGUGAAAACGGGCAACGAGUCGGGGUCCAACAUGUCCGACAGCGGCUCGGUGAAGAAAGUCGGGGAUAAGGAUCUUCGAGUUGGAGAUCGAGUUUUGGUGGGGGGCUCUAAGAUGGGAGUCAUACGCUACAUGGGGGAGACAGACUUCGCUAAAGGGGAAUGGUGUGGGGUCGAGCUGGACGAGCCUCUGGGGAAGAACGAUGGUGCCGUGGCUGGUACAAGAUACUUCCAGUGUUUUCACAAGUUUGGCCUGUUUGCUCCGAUCCACAAGGUGAUCCGCAUCGGCUUCCCCUCCACCAGCCCGGCCAAGGCCAAGAAGAGCAAGCGGAUGGCCAUGGGGGUUUCCUCUCUGGCCCACAGCCCCAGCAGCUCCUCCAUCAGCUCCGUCAGCUCCGUGGCCUCCUCCGUGGGCGGACGGCCGAGCCGGACGGGACUGCUGACGGAGACGUCGUCACGCUACGCCCGUAAGAUCUCGGGCACCACGGCGCUGCAGGAAGCCCUGAAGGAGAAGCAGCAGCACAUCGAGCAGCUUCUGGCCGAGAGGGACAUGGAGCGAGCCGAGAUGGCCAAGGCCACCAGCCACAUCUGCGAGGUGGAGAAGGAGCUGAGCGUCUUUAAGGUGCAGCAUGUGCAGUACGUGUCGGAGAACGAGAGCAACCUGCAGCAAGUCAAAGCCCUGCUGGCCAGCACGCAGAAGGACAAGCUGGAACUGACCAAUCAGCUGGAAGAAGAGAAAAGGAAGGUGGAGGACCUCCAGUUCAGAGUGGAGGAGGAGUGCAUCACCAAAGGAGACCUGGAGACUCAGAGGAAAUUGGAGCGUUCCCAUAUCCGUCAGCUUGAGCAGAGCCUGCUCCUCGAAAAGUCGAGAGCAGAGGCGCUUCACAAAGACUUAGAGAAGAGGAGGCAAACCACCGUUGAAGAGCAGAGUCGUAUCGUGCAGCUGGAGGAGGAGCUGAACCUCCGGAGAACUGAGAUGGAGAACCUCCAGGUGAAACUCCGAGGGUCCGACUCCAGCUCGCAGCAAGCCGACGACACCCCGGGGUCGGACGCCCAGCCGGAGACCCUCGUCUUGCGCGCGCAGCUGGUGUCGGUGGGCCGCGAGCACAGCAAGGAGAGCAGCGAGCUUAAAGACAAGUACGAGACGGCGUUGGCGGCGAGCCAGCAGGAUAUUGCCUCGCUGAAGGUGGAGCUGGAUAGCAAGAGCCAGGAGGUCAGUGAGGUGAAGCAGAAGGUCCAGGACGCCAACAAGGAGAAUAUGGAAAUGAUGGACACCUGGAAGGUUAAAUUUGACUCUCUAAUGAUCCAGCACCAGCGCUCCUUGGAGGACCUGAAGGCCUCCUUGUGCAGCGAUCGUCCUCCUCCUGUGGGCCAAGAGCCGGACGCCCAGGAGCUGAGAGCCUCUCUGGAGAGCCUGAAGACGGAGUACCAGCUGGAGCUGGAGAACCUCAAGGCCAAACACAAGAUCGAAGUCGCCAUCCUCAGCAAGGAACGGGAAGACUUCUGCGCUCGUCUUCAGGAGGCCAAAGGCCAGCUGGCUGAGGGCAACCACACAUGGAGGACCGAGCUCGAGGCCAAGAGCAGCAAGCGGGCCCUGGAGGAGGCCAGCGAGAAGCAGCAGACGGCGGAGCAGAGGCUGGCGGAGAUGGAGACGCUUUACAUGGUGCAGGACAAAAGCACAGCGGAGCUGAGGGAGAGACUGGAGCUGUCGGAGAAGAAGAUGGCGGACCAUCAGGCUCUGCAGAAGGCCCAGGCAGAGAGCCAGGAGGACAUCCAGAAGCUGGAGGAGCAGCUGAGGGUGACGGCCAACCAGCUGCAGGCCAUCCAGGCGGACCGCUACACAUCCCAUGAUGCAAACGUGAUCGGGGAUAACGACAUUUCAGAAGAGAAGAUGAAGCUAAAACAGAAUAUCGAAGAAACGAUGGAGAAGUUGUUGAAAAGGGAAAAAGAAGUGUCAACUCUCUCUGCGCAGGUGGAAGCCUUCAAGUCCCAGAUGGGAGCUCUGGAGGGAAAGGUUCGCGCAGGAGAAAAGAGAGCCGACGCUCUGGCGAAGGAGAAGAUGCGCGUGGAGUCGGAGCUGGAGUCCAUGACCAAGAAGUCCCAUGAUGCCUCUGGGCAGCUGGUCAAUAUCAGCCAGGAGCUGCUGAAGAAAGAGAGGAGUCUGAAUGAACUGAGGGUGUUACUCCUGGAAACACACCGCCAUUCACGGGACAUGGAGAAAGACCUGAACCGAGACGUGCACAAGGCCGAGUGGAAGGUGAAGGAGCAGAAGCUUCAGGAGGACAUCAAGACUCUGCGGGAAAAGUUGCUUUUACUGGGUCGGGAACGGUCUUCACCCGACCACCGGCGGUACUCCAUGAUGGACGCCUCCGUGCUGGACUCAGAAAUGAGCCGCCUCCGCCAGCGGCUGCUCGGCACUGAGGACGCCCUGAGGAACGCCAUGGACCACAACCAGCAGGUGGACCAGCUGGUCCAGGCCAUGCGCAGGCGUCCAGACAAAAGCCCGGUGCACGGUGCAAAUUCAGCCAAUGGGAUUCAUCAGCAGGAGUCAGGCAGCACUCGAGAUGAGCAACACUGAUGUGAGCAGAGGAGGUCAGACUGAACCGGGACACGCUGAGGUGCGUCUGAAAGAAAAGCUCGUGCCACGUUUCCUCCUGCGACGGACGCCUGAAGAAGAUUUCAGUUUACAGUUAAAACCAAAACAGCGAAUCUCCAUCUCCAGUGAAUUUAUGUGUUGUUGCAGAAAGCACCUAUUAGCCAAUCGUGAAGACCGCUUACAGUACUAUAAAUUAUAAACAGGAAAUGGGACUCGCACGUGAAGAGAUGUCAUCGGUACAACUCCUGAGAACGUACAGUGUGGAAACUUUUGAUGCUUUACAGUAGUUAGAACAUUUAAAUGCACAAGUUGCCGGGAACUCUGUGACAAUUCUUAAUUUUGAACCGGACGGCUGAAGGACAACGACGUGAAGACGAGAAGACGAGAAGGAGAGAAGGAGAGGGUCUCAGUCGCUUCGUUGGUUUUAUUUAUGACUUUGUUAUAACCCUCUCUGGGCGAGCCGUGUUGGUGAUACUCAGAGCAACUCAAGGAUGACUGAAUAUGAUUUUUAGGGCUCAUUUUGUCACUUUACUUAUUAUCAUCAGUCGGUCAGUCUGUCCAGUGUUCUCUCUCGCUUUAGUGUACGAUAUGAUCCAUAACUGUGGGUGACUGGUGUUAAUGGAAGUAUUAAAAAGGACUGUUAAAGGAAUACUCCACACAACAUCUGUCUUGAUUACCAAACACAAAGCGUAGCUGUGAAAAGCUUUUAGUUUCCUCCUUCAGGUUCAAUCUGUUUCUGUUCUAAAGGUGUUUUCUUCUAAUCCUCUUCUGUCUCCACGAGUCUGACACUCCGUUACAAAGUGUGCAGCCUGGAUAACAUCAAGAGCAGGUUAUGAAUUAUCCUGAAUUAAUAUUUACUCUGCAAACCUUUUAGAUUUGUUUCUUUAAGGAAGAACAACACGGUGUCUCGGUGAAACAAAGAGAAGCUCCCUCUGGCGUCCUCUGACUCCCUCAUCACGCUCAUAUAACAUUACAAACAUCUCAUUCUGUUUCCUGUUACCUUAAACAGCUUGUGUUCACACGGAUUCUUUCAUCGAGACGGUCGUAUCAGAGUUCAUGCAACAACUGGCGGCGUCUGCAGAGGCGUUAACAGAUGUAGUUCAAAGCAGCUCCUGCUCGCUCCACACACACACACACACACACACACACACACACACACACACACACACACACACACACACACACACACACACACACACACACACACACACACACACACACACACACACACACACACACACAGCAGGAAGGCUUCAGCGUGAACGUAGAUGUAGAACGUGUUAACGUGCAGUUUACUAUUAACAUACUGUAAAGCAGGGCUGUCCAAAGUGGGGCCCGCGGGCCCAGAUUGACCCUGUUAUUUUUUAAUCUGAUCAUGGCGAGCAGAGUGACACUUUGCACACGGACAAAAUGCAUUUUAAUUACGAGAACUUGGGAUGCGAGGACUCUUUUGCAUCUUCAUACAAUCGGCGUUUGCUUUUGGCCCGUGGCACCUUUAGGAUUCAGUUUGUGCACCAGACUCAACUGUCAGGAUGUUUCAACUGUGUUAGUUUGGAACUCGCCGCUCCACCAUCCGGCCGAAAGCUGCCACAAGUUCUUAUGAAUCACCAACGAAUGCUUAUUGUAAAGUGUAAACCCUCCCCGUGGACGAGGAGCGUGCAGUUACAGGACUGACAGAGGGGUCCUCGCCUCACGUGUCGGUAAGACUGAUAAAAAGCUUCUUUCAAGCCGUUGCACAUCAGUGCUCCGACUUAAUGAACCUGGAAGCCUCCUGAAUGCAGCUGAGCGACGGGACAGCAGGUUAUUGGAUGCAUAUAGUGAAUUAUUCCAGACGUGAUCUCUUAAACUCUGUCCGACCCUGUAACCACACGUCUCAGGACAGACUCCAUCCAUACGAGUAUGAACUACAUCAGGUGCACAGCGGUCCUGUUUGAUGCUGCAUCUGAAGGGCCGCUGUACACCGCUACAACCCAAACAAUGUCUGUAACUCAUCCUUCCCCGGGUUCACAUCUGGAUUUUAUUUGCAAAACUGUUAUAAACACGUGUAUAAUUGAUCCUGUAAGUCUUCCAAAUAUUGUUUUAUCCUUAACUAAACCUUCUGGUGGUCGUCAUCGGUUGCUGUGCAGGAGACGUCACACGCAGGGCAGCGGAGACACAACUUACAUCUUCCAUUGGAUAUUGUACAUGGCCUUUUGUGCUGGAGGGUUCAAACCCUUUGGAUUAUUGCUGCAAUGGGUUCGGAGAUUGAAUCAUUAAAUAUUAACAAUGUG